CAACGAUCAUGAUAUAUAAAAUACGUGUUUAGAGGUACAUGCGGCAUUUAAAACGAAAUGUUAAAACGGGCGUCGUGUUCGUAGUAGAAGGACAUCCGUGACUUAAUAGCGCUUGAGCCCGACCCGUCCAUACAGCUGUAUGAUAUUUUAUGGAUGUACGAGAUAAACAUGUACACAAAAUAGAUCUCCACUUAGCGGUAAUAAACAUAGUAUGUGUCGUCUAACUCUCGCAGUCGGUAUUUGCAGUCUGCUAUUCCUUCCGAUCUGCUAUGGGAGAGCUGUGGUCGUGCACACUAACAUACCCACAAAACUUGAAGGUGGUACGGACACAGACGUAGGGAGUCAGUUGGGUCUAACACUCGGCAUACAUAUCAUAGACGGGAAAAAUGGAGGGGAGAUAGUUCUAGAUAAAGUGCCCGAGCCACUAAUUACUGAACAAAUCUAUUCUGAUAAUGUAAGCGAGGGAAUAUUGAGUUCGAUGAAGGUUGCGGAUGUACAACCACAACCUUCUUCAAGGACAAGCCAACAAGCGAAAGCAAGAUCGAGAGCGGGAUCAAAAACAAGACAAAAACACGGGCCGAAAAGUAGCAAAAUAGGUGGGCCGAAAACAAAUAUGAAUACGCUCGCAUCUGGUAGUAAUGGAUUCAUUUUUAAUAAUCAUGAACCAGCACAAAAUCCGCGGUUUUCGCAGGCAGACGAUUACAAACAUAUUUCAGUAGGCAUGUAUAAUGCACGCGAGGAACUGAAAAAGUCUAGAAGGAGGGCGAAGAGUCAGAGACAUCACAAAAGUUUGUAUGCAAGAAACUGAGUCCACACAGUCAGGGCAUGCAAGAUACAGAAUAUAUUCACACGGGUACUUACUUACAAGCACCUGCAAGGUACAAUUGUAUGUUACAAUUUGGAUGCUGUCUCAAACGGUUUGUUGUACUCAACCGGACCGGAGAUGCAUGCAGGCGGAUGACGUUUGGAGCUAUAAAAUAGACAAGCACAACGCAUACAAAGAAUUGUGUGUGUUGGCGGUGAUAUACAAAAUAGUCGGAAAAGGGCCGAGAGUCGAAGAGUGACAACACGAUAUAUAUAAAUGGCACUAGCAACAAGCAAUACGGAUAUAUCAGACGUGCUACUGAAAUAGCUGCCAUGUACUAACAACUCCCUGUCACCUAUCACACUCCCAAUAACGAGGCUCGGCGAGAACCCGCCUUGCACUGUGGCUACUACAGUGAUGCUGGCACGCUCUUAUUAUGGUGCUAACAACGAGUGGACGGCACUCUACCAAGUAAGUCACAUACGAUGUAAAGCCCUAAAAACUCUACGUUGCAUACAAAGGAAUGCUUGUCAGAGAUGUAUGCAUAGAUAAAUUUAGGUGUACCUUAUCGAAUACCAUUACGAAAUUGUGGUAUCAUAUAGCGAACACUGAAGGUAUAUACUAGAACUGGUGUCUUCGCUUGUGGGUGGGGUUUUGAGAUGCCGCAUAAUCCUGAAGGGACUAUUUCUCGGACGAUUGAAGCAGCUCGUGUGGUACUGUAGGUCGUGGUGUAUAUCAUACAAAU